UCCUCGUCAAAAUCCCCAAGUCCAAAAAUUAUUCCUUCUUCACAUCCCAUCCCUCUUCUCUACUUUAUUUAUUUCCCUCUAAAAACGAAAAAAAAAAAAAAUGGAUAAAAGAACAUGCAAUUCUCAAGAUGUUGAAGUUAGGAAAGGUCCUUGGACUAUGGAAGAAGAUUUAAUUCUCAUCAAUUACAUUGCUAAUCAUGGUGAAGGUGUUUGGAAUUCCCUUGCUCGAUCUGCUGGUCUGAAGCGUACCGGAAAAAGUUGUAGACUCCGGUGGCUUAAUUAUCUCCGGCCAGAUGUCCGGAGGGGAAAUAUUACACCUGAAGAACAACUCUUGAUCAUGGAACUACAUGCCAAGUGGGGAAACAGGUGGUCAAAAAUUGCAAAGCAUUUGCCGGGAAGAACAGAUAACGAGAUAAAGAAUUAUUGGAGGACGAGGAUUCAGAAGCACAUUAAGCAAGCAGAAAACAUGAACAGAUUAUCAUCAGAUAUUUCUGAUCAGCACAAUAAUGACCAACAAGCAAGCACAAGCCAAGCAUCUAUUGGUCCUCCAGAUACCAUUGAAACCUACUCUGGAAAUAAUAAUAACAACAAUAAUAUUAUGGGCACUAAUUUCCAUCAUCAGGGCAAUUUUUCAACUGAAACAAAUGAAAAUAUUUGGAGCAUGGAGGAACUUUGGUCCAUGCAAUUGCUUAAUGAUGCAACCAACUAAUAAUUAAUAAUUAAUAAUCAUCAAUUAAUUAAUUAAGCUGCUAGCUAGCUUGCUACUAUGUAAAGUGUUAAAAAAUUCCCAAUUAUAUUCCAAUACCUAUGCUUCUUCGUGAUCAAUCUGAGUGUAAUAUACAAUGCUAAACUUUUAUUACUCUAUUUUUACAAUAUAUAAUACUAAUGGAAUGUACAUAUUUUGUUUUU